AUGUCGUCGCCUUCUGUUCCUCAUACUUCUAUCGAUCUGAGUCAUCUGGUUGACAAAGUGAGCACUCUUCGCGAGAGCAUUCAGACGCGAAAAGAUGCGAUUGUUCGAAAAUCACCAGAGUCCACCAAAUCGUUAGUCCGAAUUCCGAUCGAAUUUGAGAUCAAUGGAACGUGGAAGCUGGUCUCCGCGCACAACCAGGACGACUACUUCGAUCAGAGGGGGUUCGGAGCGUUCACCCGUUUCUGCACGAGUGUCUUCCUGACCGAUGUUCAGUUCGACGUCAACGAGCACGGAGUGAGCACUCCGCUCCGCCUGCUCGAAUUCGAGUUUGCCGACGAACGGAAGCGAUUCGGGACGGAAUACGCGGACGGAGGACAGACGGUCGUGUGGAGUCUUCAGGAUUACCGGCUGAUUACCAAAUGGAAGAGCGGCGAUGUCGUGGAGACGGCCGAAAGAGAGAUCCAGGACGGGCGGCUGGUCAUGACGAAUGAGAUCAACGGAGUGAAGAGUGUCCGGGUUUUCGAGAGGGAAACUGCGGUGGAGCGAUUCUGCGACUUUGUCUUCUCUGCUGCAGUCCUUGCUGGAAUCAUUGUGUUGCUGAUGAAGUUUUUCAAUCUGUAA